AUGAGGAACGGCUUCCCCUUGAUCAUGAGCUGCUUGGACCCAUUGGUCUCGACCAAACGGGGGAUGCUCGUGUCGACGGGCGCCAUGUUGCUAAACGAGACUCUAGGACCUGGUUUUUGUGGAAGCUCGGCCCUCCUCCUCAUCGUCGAGAUCCGAGACAGCUACGAGCAGAGCCUGAUCAACGGCGGGCUGCAGAUAUGGAGCUUCCUGGUGGCCAUCGGCUUCUCCGUCUCCCUGGUCGACUCCCUCGGCCGCAAGACCCUGUUCCUGAUCGCCGGCAUGGGUAUGCUGGUGACCAUUAGCAUUUGGGCCGCAUGCUCGGCCUACUACGAGAGGGCGCAGAGCAAGGAGGACGGGAGCACCGUCAUCACCAUGAUCUUCCUAUUUUACGGCGUUGCCAGCUUCGCGUGGCCCGGCCUGACUGUCACCUGUGUGGCCGGGAUCCUGCCCUUCACCAUCCGCGCCAAGGGCAUGUCCAUAGGCUUCGCCCUGGCUGCGCUCUUCAGCGUCUUCAAUCAGUACGUAAACACCAUUGGCCUCGAAGCUCUUCAGUGGCGCUACUACUUCUUUUACGUCGCCAUCCUCGUCAUCGAGGUCCUCUGCGUUUGUUUACUCUUUGUCGAGAUAAAAGGUCCGACGCUGGAGGAGAUCGCAGAGCUGUUUGAUGGCAAGAAUGCCAAAGUGGCCAAAGCCGGACAAAGCCUAAGGUGA